AUGGAAACCAAGGAUAGGAGAUUUGGUUUUGGUGAGGCAGCACCCGUUGUCGAAAGCGGUGGAAAGUUUUGCAGCGAAGUUGGCACCAAACCUGGGGAUAUUGGCCACCGCACUGUACCGCCAGCUGGAAUGGCAUGUACCACGGGUAUAUCUCAGAGCGAUAAAACCCCGAGAGGUCGAUGUGACAACAGGGGUGGUCCGGCGGUGUUGGGUGACCGUGGAGAGGCUGACGUCGGAAGAGAUGGCGGUGUACAUGACCCGACCAUGCAGAGUGGUGCUGACCCAGAGCGAUGGGAUACCACGGGUUCGGAAGCCCUACUGCCCGAUCACUUCACCAAUAUCGGAGCAGACGUGAUCGUUCCUAGCUCCGACGAAGAGGUCAUAACGCUGUCGAGCGACGACAGCGAGCCCCGAACAACGCCGAGACGUACGCAGGGUACCCCAAGCUGCCCUACCCCUAACAUCUCCCCGGAAGCUGUGGGGCCGCGUUUUAUGGAGGAACCGCUGGUCAUGACCGACAGCGCGUCGUCGUCAGAGAGAUCUCCCAUAUAUGUCAGCUCGACGGCUUCGUCCUCGACAUCAUCGUCGACGUCAUCCUCCUCCUCGACGUCAUCCCCAGCCUCGACAUCAUCAUCCGCCUCGACGUCUCCUUCAUCCCUGCGAUCACCCUCCUCGGUGAUCUCAUUUGACACGUCUUCCCUGGAGUCGUAUCAGG